GGUCCUUCAGCCGUCACAUUGUCUUCCCUCAGUUAUAGCACUCCAAUGUAGACCUGUCUAUUCCGCUGGAUUUCUCCUCAGGCUGAGGGAAGAUGUCGGUCCUCCGGAGCAUGGGUCUGCCGGCUGCUUUGCUAGCUGCUACAGGAGGGGUGGCCCUGGCGACCUGGAGGUAUCUGUCUACUAGGAGGCAACAGAGUGCAGAGCACGGGGAGACUCUGCGGGUGGAGGAGGAAGGAAAUGUGGAGGUUGGGUCACCUCAGGGUGAAGAAGCAGGUGCCUUCAGAAUAGGUGGGCAGCAUGAGGACGGAAGGCAAGAGUUCAGGGCAGGCACAGCUGAAGAAGUAUCUCCCCUGCAUAAUGUAGAGGGCGGAACGAGCUCACUAGGGAGUGAUGGGCAGGCACCUCCGGGCACCUCACCUGUGUGUCAGAAGGAGAAGAGCGCAGCACCUCCGGGCACCUCACCUGUGUGUCAGAAGGAGAAGAGCGCAGCACCUCCGGGCACCUCACCUGUGUGUCAGAAGGAGAAGAGCGCAGCACCUCCGGGCACCUCACCUGUGUGUCAGAAGGAGAAGAGCGCAGCACCUCCGGGCACCUCACCUGUGUGUCAGAAGGAGAAGAGCGCAGCACCUCCGGGCACCUCACCUGUGUGUCAGAAGGAGAAGAGCGCAGCAGCUCCAGUCACUUCUAAGGCUGCGGAAGAGAAGAGCGCAGCACCUCCAGUCACUUCUAAGGCUGCGGAAGAGAAGAGCGCAGCACCUCCAGUACCUUCUAAGGCUGCGGAAGAGAAGAGCGCAGCACCUCCAGUCACUUCUAAGGCUGCGGAAGAGAAGAGCGCAGCACCUCCAGUCACUUCUAAGGCUGCGGAAGAGAAGAGCGCAGCACCUCCAGUCACUUCUAAGGCUGCGGAAGAGAAGAGCGCAGCACCUCCAGUCACUUCUAAGGCUGCGGAAGAGAAGAGCGCAGCACCUCCAGUCACUUCUAAGGCUGCGGAAGAGAAGAGCGCAGCACCUCCAGUCACUUCUAAGGCUGCAGAAGAGAAGAGCGCAGCAGCUCCAGUCACUUCUAAGGCUGCGGAAGAGAAGAGCGCAGCACCUCCAGUCACUUCUAAGGCUGCGGAAGAGAAGAGCGCAGCACCUCCAGUCACUUCUAAGGCUGCGGAAGAGAAGAGCGCAGCAGCUCCCGUCACUUCUAAGGCUGCGGAAGAGAAGAGCGCAGCAGCUCCAGUCACUUCUAAGGCUGCGGAAGAGAAGAGCGCAGCAGCUCCAGUCACUUCUAAGGCUGCGGAAGAGAAGAGCGCAGCAGCUCCAGUCACUUCUAAGGCUGCGGAAGAGAAGAGCGCAGCACCUCCAGUCACUUCUAAGGCUGCGGAAGAGAAGAGCGCAGCAGCUCCAGUCACUUCUAAGGCUGCGGAAGAGAAGAGCGCAGCAGCUCCAGUCACUUCUAAGGCUGCGGAAGAGAAGAGCGCAGCACCUCCAGUCACUUCUAAGGCUGCGGAAGAGAAGAGCGCAGCACCUCCAGUCACUUCUAAGGCUGCGGAAGAGAAGAGCGCAGCACCUCCAGUCACUUCUAAGGCUGCGGAAGAGAAGAGCGCAGCAGCUCCCGUCACUUCUAUGUCUGUGAAAGAGAAGAGCGCAGCAGCUCCAGUCACUUCUAUGUCUGUGGAAGAGAAGAGCGCAGCAGCUCCAGUCACUUCUAUGUCUGUGGAAGAGAAGAGCGCAGCACCUCCAGUCACUUCAAAGGCUGCGGAAGAGAAGAGCGCAGCACCUCCAGUCACUUCAAAGGCUGCGGAAGAGAAGAGCGCAGCAGCUCCCGUCACUUCUGUGGCUGCGGAAGAGAAGAGCGCAGCAGCUCCCGUCACUUCUGUGGCUGCGGAAGAGAAGAGCGCAGCAGCUCCCGUCACUUCUGUGGCUGCGGAAGAGAAGAGCGCAGCAGCUCCCGUCACUUCUGUGGCUGCGGAAGAGAAGAGCGCAGCAGCUCCCGUCACUUCUGUGGCUGCGGAAGAGAAGAGCGCAGCAGCUCCCGUCACUUCUGUGGCUGCGGAAGAGAAGAGCGCAGCAGCUCCCGUCACUUCUGUGGCUGCGGAAGAGAAGAGCGCAGCAGCUCCCGUCACUUCUGUGGCUGCGGAAGAGCAUGCACCCAGAUCAUCUGUAGAUCCUCCUGUGGAAAAGGGAAUCGGCGACUCCUUGUCAUCUGCUGAAAUAGAGCAUAAGGAAAAGCAUGCACCAUGCAAGCAGGUUUUAGUGCUCGGUCUGGAUGGAGCCGGGAAGACAAGCAUCUUGAACUCUAUUGCCGCCAAUAAAGGAAAACGUAUUACAACACCCACAGAAGGAGUAAAUGCGAUGUGUGUCAGCAACGGCAAUUCCAAAAUGGACUAUUUGGAAAUUGGGGGAAGUGAGCAGCUUCGUCCUUACUGGAAAAUGUACCUCGCUAGAGCCUUUGCUGUUAUUUUUGUGGUGGAUUCUGCUGAUCAUGGUCGUCUUCCACUCGCCAAAAGACAUCUUCAUCAAUUAAUCCAACAAGACUCUGUACUUCCUCUUCUGGUACUUGCUAAUAAACAGGAUUUGGAAACUGCACAUCACAUCCCCGAGAUUCACGAUGCCCUGGCACUGUCAGAGAUCUGUGAAAAGAGGAAGUUAUUUCUAAUUGGAACAUACGUGACAAAGGAGGGCUCUGAGGUUUCCUCUGGGAUUCAGGACACCAAAGAAUUUCUUGCACAUCUGCUCUUAGAAAACUCUGAAAUCCAAUAACUCUAUUUGUCCGACACCAGUACUAUCACUCAGUAUAAACUGGGGUGUCCUGUUUGGAUACCUACGUUUUAAAUUUAAAGGUCCCUGCCAAAGAUGAUGGAACCGAGGUCAGAUGAUGUCCAUAAUGUAAAUGCUCAUUACCCCUGCACCAGUGCUGGAGGGAAAAUGAAACAUUACAUUGAUAUGAGCAUCCAUUCAUUUUCACUGAAUGCUUGCGAUCCCCCAGAAUACAUAGCAACACUGCUGGGAGUCCUCAAUAGGGCUGGACUGACCAUUAGGGCGAAGCCCAAGGUGUCAUAGCCAGAAGGGGCCCUGCGAUUGAUUCUUUAAAAUUUAAAGGUAAAGUCUGCAGAAAACAUGGGCUACAUGAGAUAAAUACUGCCCAAAUGUAUUAUGUUAACCUGACAGUAGUGCAUUUUUAACUAUGGUGGCUGGUCAGGGGCCAUGACUGUUAGUGCCCAAGGGUGCAGACCUCUCAAUUUUCUGGUUCUCACUAAUGCGAGAGAAUAUUUCGAGAGGUUGUCUUGACUAAAUAGCUUCUUUUUAAUAAUGGGUCAGAACACAAUGUGUUAUAAUUAAGGGUGGUGGAUAUUGUAUACUGAAGGUGAUCACAUAUUGCAGCAGUCCAUUUUCUGGUUCUCCUUCUCCUGCAUCACUGCCAGUUCAUAGUUCUCAAUGAUGUCACUGGUUUCUGGAGAACUAAUAGACUGCAGUUAAUGUCUAGCGGACUGAUAAUUUCUGUAUCUUUAAACAGGUCUCAGGAGUCUUGGGUACUGCAAAUAAUGGCUUGAUUGCUGAGAUGUUCAAGACAAGCCAUAAUCUACUAUGUUGUACAAUACAGUCUAGGAUUGCGGUGGUGGUAUGGGAUAUGGAG